AAGACGAUCCUGCUGCUCUAAGCCAUCAGCAAUCCUUAGCAUAGGGGCACCCUCAUUCCUGUCAAGUCAUCUUGUGAAAGGCUGCCUGCUUCCAGCUUGGCUUGGAUGUGCAACCUUAAUAAAACUCACUGAGGUCUGGGAGAAAAUAGCAGAUCUGCAGCAGAUAGGGCAGAGGAAAGGGUCUAGAAUAUGUACACGCAGCUGACUCAGGCAGGCUCCACGCUGAACGGUUACACAGAGAGGAAACAAUAAAUCUCGGCUACUAUGCAAUAAAUAUCUCAAGUUUUAACUAAGGAAACUAUCAUUACAGUGAAAUAAAAAAUAACAUUUUAGAGCAAAGCUAACAAAUGGCUAGUUUUCUGUGAUUCUUCUUCAAAAGCUUUCUUUGAACGGGAAAAAGUCAAAGAAACAAGCAGUUUUACCUGAAAUAAGAACUAGUUUAAAGGUCAGAAGAAAGGAACAAGUUUUGCUGAGAGACACGGAAAGAGAGUGCUGGCAGUACAAUGACAGUUUUCUUUUCCUUAGCUUUCCUCGCUGCCAUUCUGACUCACGUAGGGUGCAGCAACCAGCGCCGAAGUCCAGAAAACGGUGGGAGAAGAUAUAACCGGAUUCAGUAUGGGCAAUGUGCCUACACUUUCAUUCUUCCAGAACACGACGGGAACUGUCGUGAGAGUACGACAGACCAGUACAACACAAACGCUCUGCAGAGAGAUGCUCCACACGUGGAACCGGAUUUCUCUUCCCAGAAACUUCAACAUCUGGAGCAUGUGCUGGAAAAUUAUACUCAGUGGCUGCAAAAAUAUGUUUGUUCUUUAUCUCUUGCAGAUUGAGAAUUACAUUGUGGAAAAUAUGAAGUCGGAGAUGGCCCAGAUACAGCAGAAUGCAGUUCAGAACCACACGGCCACCAUGCUCGAGAUAGGAACCAGCCUCCUCUCUCAGACUGCAGAGCAGACCAGAAAGCUGACGGAUGUUGAGACCCAGGUGUUAAAUCAAACUUCUCGACUUGAAAUUCAACUGUUGGAGAAUUCAUUAUCAACAUACAAACUAGAGAAGCAACUUCUUCAACAGACAAAUGAAAUUCUAAAGAUUCAUGAGAAAAACAGUUUAUUAGAACAUAAAAUCUUAGAAAUGGAGGGAAAGCACAAGGAAGAGUUGGAUGCCUUAAAGGAAGAGAAAGAGAAUCUUCAAGGCUUGGUUACUCGUCAAACGUACAUAAUUCAGGAACUAGAGAAACAGUUGAACAGAGCCACCACCAACAACAGUGUCCUUCAGAAGCAACAGCUGGAGCUGAUGGACACAGUACACAACCUCGUCAACCUUUGCACUAAAGAAGGUGUUUUACUAAAGGGAGGAAAAAAAGAGGAAGAGAAACCAUUUAGAGACUGUGCAGAUGUAUAUCAAGCUGGUUUUAAUAAAAGUGGAAUCUACACUAUUUAUAUUAAUAAUAUGCCAGAACCCAAAAAGGUAUUUUGCAAUAUGGAUCUUAGUGGGGGAGGUUGGACUGUAAUACAACAUCGUGAAGAUGGAAGUGUGGAUUUCCAAAGAGGUUGGAAAGAAUAUAAAAUGGGUUUUGGAAACCCUUCUGGUGAAUAUUGGCUGGGGAAUGAGUUUAUUUUCGCCAUAACUAGUCAGAGGCAGUACACACUGAGAAUCGAGUUAAUGGACUGGGAAGGAAACCGAGCCUAUUCACAAUAUGACAGAUUCCACAUAGGAAAUGAAAAACAAAACUACAGGUUGUACUUAAAGGGUCACACUGGGACAGCAGGAAAACAGAGCAGCUUGAUCUUACAUGGUGCUGAUUUCAGCACUAAAGAUGCUGAUAAUGACAACUGUAUGUGCAAAUGCGCCCUCAUGCUAACAGGAGGCUGGUGGUUUGAUGCUUGUGGUCCAUCCAAUCUAAAUGGAAUGUUCUAUACAGCGGGACAAAACCUUGGAAAACUGAAUGGGAUAAAGUGGCAUUACUUCAAAGGGCCCAGUUACUCCUUACAUUCCACAACUAUGAUGAUUCGACCUUUGGAAUUUUGAAGACAUAGUGUCAGAAGAAAUUAUGAAAACAACAAAGAAAUCUGGAGAAGCUACCAGAUGAGAAACUGCUUGAAAACUUCUGAAGCAAAAUAUUGUCUCCCUUCCCACAACAAGUGGCAGUUAUGUGAAAUCAGCAAGGUUCUUGACUAUGGAUUUGGAACCUUUUGAGUUCACAAAAGUCCCUGCUUGGGGUUCCCGUGCUCAUGUGGCUUGACUGCAGAGAAUGCCACUUACUGUCAUACUUUAAAAAGGGAAGAAACUGCUCAGUUUUUUUUGCAUUUCAAACUACUACUGGAUCUUAUUUUGGAACUGUGGUAGCCAGAUGAUAAGUAUGGUUUAUUUUAUGUAAAACCGAAGAAGAAAUGAACACCACCACCACCAACAACUAAAAGAAUAUACAUGAAGAAUAGAAACAGGCCUGCCAUAAUCCGUUGGCAAAGGUGUAUCACACCAGUGAAAUGGUGUUAUUUCUAUGCAAAUCGACUAACAAUUUACACUGUUGCAAAGUUUUAAUAAAAAUUAAGGAAGAAUGGCAUUGCCCUCUGAGUUGGUUAAAUGUUAAUGGAUUUCAGAAGCCUUAAUUCCUAAUUCAUACCUACUAGUUGAUUUCAGUUAACCCAUCUUCAAAUAUAAAUUCCACUUUGUUAAACCAUGAUGAAUUGUAGUGCAUGAAGAAUAACAGUGUGAGAUAGAAACAUGCUCCAUUACUCUUUGAUUUUUUGAUAUGGUUCUCAGAAAAAAAUGGACGUCAUCAAGUAUGGGUAUAUAAGGUGAAAAAUUAUCCCCUCCAUGCUACAGUUUUCAUUUACUUUAAAAACUGACUGACUGAUACAUAAAUAUAUUUAUAGCCUGAGCAAAGUUGAAAGAAUGUGAAAUAUAUCAUCAAGCUCUUAAAAUAAUAUACAUGCAUUUAAUAUUUCCUUUGAUAUUAUACAUGAAAGCAGCUUUUUAGAGUGUAUGAAGUUGAAGUAAAACCAAGUAAACUGGAACAGUUUAUUUUACAGUACUUUCUUGCAUGUGUACACGUAAGUGUAACUUCAUUAUUUUUAAAAUAAUGAUUUUUAAUUCUUCACCCUAUUAUUUCAUGCUAAUUUAAUUUUUGCUAAUUAACUGAAACAUGCUUUUCAGAGUUACCCUGUUCCAGUUUCUAUAAAAGACACAUUUUGAAGACUAUGAAAAAUAAAAGAAAUUAUAAAUAUCAUUGUACAUAACAUGUUUAUAUCCAUGGUAAACCUAAUAGUUGUUUAAUCUGGAAUACGUGAUAUUCUUUAAUUGAUGCAAAUAAACACAAGUUUUCAAAGAAAUUUACUAUACUACUUUACGAAGUACAUUAUUUCUUUAUAUUUUUCUCCUUCAGACCCUGUUUUCUUAGCCAGUUUCUGAUUUUUAAAAAUUAUUAUUAGUGAAAAAAAUUGGCAAAACUCUGUAUUAUACAAAAGGGGAACACACACCUACAUAGAGUCAUAUUAAUAAGAAAAUUCUGACUGCUAGCUGCUGUAAAUCUCUUAAUGAAAAUAUGCCCAUGGGAUCAUCUUUUUUAAGUGAAUUGGGGUAUAUAUUUUUUGUUGCAAUUUGAAGUUACUACAGUAUUUUAUCAAGAAGUACUUUCUGAUUCUAAGUGUUCAAGGUUACAAUAGUGAACAGUUUUUAUCAAAACAUGAGUUACUGUGACAUAAAAAAUUGAAAUACAUGUAUUUCAAUUGGGUGUCCUCUUAGAAAAAAAAGUUUUUUGCUUUUUUGUUUUUUUUUAAGGCAACAUUACCAAUUUCAGACCUGGUGACUUCAUCUAUUGUGCCUUCAUGGUUCUCUUCCAUGUGAGAGAAUAGAGCUAUUCACAGUUUUAAGAGAAUAUUUUUUAAAACUUAGCAUCAAGUCUUUAUAUAUUUGUGCCUGUGUAUACAACCUCAUUUUGCCUUACAUGUGAUAUUUACAGGCGAUAUACAGUUUUUCUUUUUCCAGUGACUUCUUCAUAGUACUGUUUAUCCUCUCUCUCCAAAAACCGUCUUGAUUGUUUUCAUUAAGUGAAUGAACGUGAGUGUUUUGUUUUUUUGUUUUUCUACAGAUUUUUUAAACCAGUCUUUUGAUAAGAAAUACUAUUUCCCAAGUCAUAGUACAAAAAUAAAAUGAAAUUAAAAAAAAAAAAAAGAAAGCAUGAUAUUUACUGUUUUGUUAUCUGGGUUUAAAAAAUGAAAUAUUGUUUUCAAUUAUUUAUAAUAAAGCAGUAUAAAAUAUUUUAUGACUCCAUUAUGUGCAUUGUGUAAUGCUUACAUGUUUGUGGCCAUUUAAUGUGUAUAUUCUUUGCAUUUAAUUAUUUCAGGAUAAGAUAAUUAGGAAUUAGGAUUUUGUCUUUAAAUUUUUAUUUCAAUAAAAUUCAUGUGGUUUCUAUGCAAA